AUGGCGCCGCGCAUCGAGGCCCAGGAAAUCGAGACAUACUGGAACAUCUUCUCGACCAGGACAAAUGGCGGCAAGUUUUUAAAUGGCGAACAGGCGGCGCCGGUGCUCAAGAACAGCGGGCUGCGGGACGAUCAACUGGAGCGUGUGUGGGACCUGGCCGACGUCGACAAUGACGGCAACCUCGACUUCGAAGAGUUCUGCGUCGCCAUGCGCGUCAUUUUCGACUUGCUAAAUGGGGAAUACGCCGACGUACCAACGACCCUACCGGACUGGCUGGUCCCCGAGUCCAAGGCGCAUCUCGUGCAGGCGAACCGGGCGCUCACGGGCAAGGCGGUUCAGUUCGAGCAGGUUGAGGACGAGGACGACUCGCCCGGCCUCAAAGAUGGGUUCGACUGGUACAUGAGCCCAGCCGACAAGGCCAAGUACGAGCAGAUCUACCAAGAAAACCGAGACAUGCGCGGCGAGGUAGCAUUCUCCGCCCUCCAAGACCUCUACGAAUCCCUCGAAGUACCCGACACCGACAUCCGCUCCGCCUGGAACCUGAUCAACCCAUCCGCCGGCUCCUCCAUCAACAAAGACGCCUGCCUCGCCUUCCUGCACAUCCUCAACAACCGCCACGAAGGCUUCCGCAUCCCCCGUACGGUGCCCGCCUCACUGCGCGCCAGCUUCGAGCGCAACCAGAUCGACUACCAGAUCGACAGCGCGCGCAACAACGCGGCGGCGCAGUCCCGGUGGGCGACGCGGGCGGACGACGAGACGAGCACGGGCCGCAAGGCCAAGUUCGGGGACCAGUACCUGACGCGGCUGGGGCGCAGCGGGUUCAAGAGCGCGGGGACGGACUUCAGCAGCGGCGCCAAGACGGAUGCCGAGUGGGAGGAGGUGCGGCUCAAGAAGCAGCUGGCCGAGCUCGACGAGAAGAUGGCGAAAGUCGAGGCCGGCGUGGAGCGCCGCAAGGGCGGCCAGCGCGACUCCAAGCCCGCGCUGGUCAAGCGCGAGCUGGAUCAGUUGUUGGAUUAUAAGCGGAAGCAGCUGCGCGAGUUGGAGGAGGGUGGUGGUGCGGCCAAGGCCGGGGGGAACCUGAAGAGUGUGGGUGAGGAUCUGCAGACGGUGAGGGAGCAGGUGGAGGGGCUGGAGGGGCAUCUGCGGUCACGGCAGGAGGUGCUGGAGCAGUUGAGGAGGGAGAUUGAGGAUGAGAGGGCAGGGAGGUAA